AUGGCCACCUGUUGGCCUGCUGUAUUCUAUGUCAUUGUCAAUGGCGUCGAGAUGUUUGUGCGAAGAUAUGUUCAUAAUGGAAAGGAUCUCCCACUGGAUAUCACUCAACAUCUACGCCAGGGGGAAAACAAGAUCUCCAUCAAAAUGAUUCUUGGUCAGAAAGAAUGUGAAAAUCGUGAAUAUGCGUUCAUUGUUGAACGCAUGAUAGUCUCUGACUUGGACGGUGUGUGUAGACAAGUGAAAGCUAUCCCGCAGAGCAAGGUGGCCGCACAAAUUCAACGACGUCUGAGUCAAUACAAUAUUGAUGAUGAUUUGGCCGUUGUAUCUGACAGCCUCACUAUUGGCCUCAUUGAUCCCCUCACUCAAAAGAUCUUCAAUACGCCCGGGCGGUCGAUUCAUUGUCAACACCUAGAAUGCUUCGAUCUUGACUCAUAUAUCCUGACAAAAAAAUGUGAGUCCGGCAAGGAACCGUUGAAAGACAGCUGGAGAUGCCCAAUCUGUAAAGCAGAUGCUCGUCCUAUGAGCUUGGUCGUGGACGAACUUCUCAAAAGACUGCGUGAUACCCUCGCCCAGACCGGAAAAUUACAGGGGGCCCAGUCUGUCGAAAUCAGAGCAGACGGAAGUCACGAUGUGAAAUAUGCCGUUCGCAGCCCUAAGCCCGCUUUGCCGACGUCGCUUCCGUCAGAUGCUCCCAAAAAGCGCAUAGUCAUUGAACUUGAUGAUUAG